UGAACAUAAACAGGAUGAACAAAAAAGAUGGAUAGUCUGGAAACUCAAGGAGCUCCACCCACCACUUUUAUUAAGCUGCUAACCAGCAGGGUGGAUCAGACCCAAGCUGGGACCGAUGCAGAACGGGGAGGUUAUGAGCCCGCAGGACUCCAAGGCAUUGGGGGAUGAGGCCAUGAAGGACCACAAGGCCCCUUGCCAGAAUCAGAGAUGCAUGGAGCCCACAGCUCCUCCGCUUCCUCCCCCAUCACCGCCAUCAGCAGGGCCACCAGAGUACCCGAGACCCAGGCUCAUCUUCCACACCCAGCUGGCUCAUGGGAGCCCAACAGGGCGCAUUCAUGGAUUCACCAAUGUCAAGGAACUGUAUGCCAAGAUCGCAGAGGUGUUCAACAUCUCUCCGUCAGAGAUCCUUUUCUGUACCUUAAACUCUCAUAAAGUGGACAUGCAGAAACUUCUUGGAGGACAAAUUGGACUGGAGGACUUCAUCUUUGCUCAUGUCAGAGGGGAAACAAAAGAAGUGGAGGUGACAAAGACCGAGGAUGCAUUAGGUCUCACGAUCACAGACAAUGGAGCUGGAUAUGCUUUUAUCAAGAGAAUAAAAGAGGGCAGCACCAUUGACCGACUGAAGGCUGUUUGUGUCGGUGACCACAUCGAAGCCAUUAAUGACCAGAGCAUUGUAGGAUGUCGACACUAUGAGGUCGCCAAGAUGCUAAAGGAGCAACCAAGGGGCCUCCCUUUCACUCUUCGCCUUGUGGAGCCCAAGAAAGCCUUUGACAUGAUUGGAAUGAGAACUAAAGCGCCAAAAUCUAAUGAGGGAAAGCUGGUGAACGGGAGAGAGACUCUACGGCUUCGGUCUAAGGGGACUGCUACAGUUCAAGAAGUGCAGAGUGAAUUUGAAGAACAGGCCACAAGGAAAGUGGACGAUCUCUUGGAGAGCUAUAUGGGGAUCAGAGACCCGGAGCUGGCAACCACCAUAGUGGAAGCAAGCAAGAACAAGAAGAACCCUGAUGACUUUGCUGAGGCCCUGGAUUCUGUUCUGGGAGAUUUUGCUUUUCCUGAUGUGUUUUUGUUUGAUGUUUGGGGAGCCAUUGGAGAUGUUAAAAAUGGCAGAAUUUAGAUAUUAACACCGUUGAGAGUAUUGUAUCUGUUUAUUGGUAAAUCCAGUUGCACAAAAAAGAA